AUGAUGGAAGAUCAAGGCAUCUGGGAGGUAGUCGAGCCAGCAGUUGGUGAGGCCGUUGACGAGAAGAAGGAUAAGAAGGCAAGGUCGCAUCUCUUCCAAGCGCUCUCGGAGGAUCUCCUGAUGCAGGUGGCAAGGAAGAAAACUGCAAAGGAGAUCUGGGAUUGUCUCAAGACAAGGGAGAUGCUCGACGACGCUACAUUGGUCAAAAAGCUAUUCGACACGGUGUCGAAUCGAUUCCUGAGUGUGAUCACCGGGAUCGAGCAGUUCUACGACCUCGACAAGAUGCCGUUCGAGGAAGCCGCCGAGUGGCAGGCGCGACAGAAGAAGGAUGGUGGAAAAUCGUCAUCAAGCAACAAGGGCAAAUCCCACCUUGCUGCAGAUAGUAGCAACCGCGACCAGGGUGGUCGUGGACGCGGCAGAGGCCGUAGUAGAGGUGGUCGUGGCGAGAUGUCACGCAAUGACAAGGAGAACGGCUCGGGCAGUGAUCGCCGCAACAAGAGCCACAUCAAAUGCUUCAACUGCCACAAGAUGGGGCACUACGCGAACGAGUGCAAGGCACCAAAGAAGAAGGAAGAAGAGACACAUCUCACUCGUGCUGACGACACUGAGCCGGCCCUACUACUCGUGGUGUUAGAAGAGCCAGCACAAGAACAGUAG